AUGGCGGCAGUCAGCGCCAACGGCUGCGACGCCAACGGCUGCGACGCCGAGGGCUGCGGCGCCGCGCAGGACAAGCUGCAUCCAAGGAAUCUCAUCCCAGAGCUCUGCAGACUGUUCUAUGGCCUGGGCUGGGUAACAGGAACUGGAGGAGGAAUCAGCUUGAAACAUGGGGAGGAGAUCUACAUCGCUCCCUCGGGGGUGCAGAAGGAGAGGAUCCAGCCAGAAGACAUGUUUGUGUGUGACAUGAGUGGCCAGGACAUCAGUGGUCCUCCCCUGCACAAGAAGCUGAAGAAGAGCCAGUGCACUCCUCUCUUCAUGAAUGCCUACAGGAUGAGAGGGGCAGGGGCAGUGAUCCAUACUCACUCCAAGGCUGCUGUCAUGGCUACCCUUCUGUACCCAGGGAGUGAGUUCAUCAUAACCCACCAGGAGAUGAUAAAAGGCAUCCAGAAGUGUAGCUCAGGAGGCUACCACCGCUAUGAUGACACCCUGGUGGUUCCCAUUGUGGAGAACACCCCAGAGGAGCAGGACCUGAAGGAGAGGAUGGCUCGUGCCAUGGCGGCGUACCCCGACUCCUGCGCGGUGCUGGUGCGGCGCCACGGGGUCUACGUCUGGGGGGAGACGUGGGAGAAAGCGAAGACCAUGUGUGAGUGCUACGACUACUUGUUCGACAUCGCGGUGCAGAUGAAGCAGCAUGGGCUGGAUCCCUCCAAGCAUCCAGCAGGAGAAAAUGGCAUCAUGUAGAUGGCA